AUGGCCCUCAAGCUCCAGUCUGAGGGCAAGGUGUACAACCCACAGCGCGCCAAGCUCAAAAAAUCGCACAAGCCGCGCCGGGCUGUGCAGGUCAUCAUCAUCCCCGUGUUUUGGAAGCAAAAGCAUGCGGAGCAGGACUCCAUCUUCCAGUUGGCUGACAGGAUACAGGCGGAUCUCAGGGCCGCGGGCAUCCGCUGCGACUGUGACACCACCAACGAGCUGACGCCAGGCCAGAAGUACCGCAACUGGGAGGAGAAAGGGGUGAGGGUGCGACUGGAGAUUGGUCCUAGGGAGGCGACAGCAAAAAACGCGGUGCUGGCGCUGACAUCAGCGCCGGGCGAAGUGGCACAGCGCACCACACUGGCGGCCGGCCCGAAGCUGGUGGCGGCCGUGGUGGAGAAGCUGAAGGCGCUGGGCCAGGAGGUGGAAGCGUGCCCGGUGACGGGCCCCAACGUGUCUGGGCCCGCCCAUCUUGCUGCCGCCCCCGUCGAGGCAGGGGCCUCCGGCAAGGCACAGCCCUCCUCAGGGGCGGCGGUAAAGCCUGCCGCGGCCGCAGCCUCGGGCACAGGAAAGAAAGCAGCACCACCGGCUGCCGCAGCACCUGUGCAUGCCAGCGGCGACCAGCUGGAUGACGACUGGGUGGCAGACGGGGAGGCGGGGCCCGGCGGCGAGGCCGCUGCACCCGCCCCGACCUCGACCGGCAAGAAGCAGAAGAAGAAAGGGAGCAGGGUGGUCCGCUUCUGA